AUGGCGGACUUUGUGGUCCCCCGGCACAGCGCAGUGAUGGAGCGCCUCCGCCGGCGGAUAGAGCUGUGCCGGCGGCACCACGGCAACUGCGAGUCCCGCUACGACGCGGUGGCCGGAGAGAGACUGGAGAUAGAGCGGCAGCACACCUACCAGCUGCACCAGCGCUGCCUGCAGGCCAAGGCCAAGCGUGCCGGCAAGCAGAGGCAGCCGCAGCCGCCCCCUGCCAGCAGCAGCAGCGGCGCCAACCCGGCCAGCGGCACAAUGGAGCCGGGAGACGGCGCCAGCAACGGGGAGCAGUGCCGGAACAGCACCCUCAUCGCGCAGCUUCAUGAAACAGUUAAAAGAAAGCUGGACAGCGCAGCUUCCCCUCAGAAUGGGGAUCAACCGAAUGGAUAUGGAGACCUCUUCUCUGUGCCCAAGAAGCUCCGUCAUGAUGAUGGACUAACAGGGGUGAUUGGGUCAUCAAAUGGACUGCCUCCAGUUUCCCCUUUGCAUCAAUUGGACAAUAAGCCUCCCAGUGGGGAUUCUUUACAGUUAAAUGGAAGCCAUUCGAUGGGACUUGAUGGUAUCAAUAAAAAGUGUCUUCCUGAUGCAGACCUGCAGCUGAACAGUAACGGAGACACUGAUGACUUCUCUCUCUGCUUAGGCAAGGAAAUGAAGCAGGAGCCCGUUGAUGACUUGCCCUGUAUGCUUUCUGGAGUUGGAGGUUCCAUGUCUCAAAACAAUUUGAUGCCCGACCUUAACCUGAAUGAACAGGAAUGGAAGGAACUCAUAGAGGAGCUCAACAAAUCUGUACCUGAUGAAGACAUGAAGGAUAUUUUUUUAAAUGGUGACUUUGAGGACAAAAAGGACAACGAUUCUUCAAACUCAGUGACUCAAACUUCGUUGACGCAAGACAUUCAUAUAAAAACUGAGUUUUCUCCUGCAGCAUUUGAACAGGAGUCCCUUGGGUCACCGCAAGUGAGGUCUGCAUCGAGUGGGCCUUUUGGUGGCACUCCUUCAGUGCCUACUAGCUGCUCAUCUCCAGUAAUAGGUGGUUCUCAGGCUGUGUACCAGCAAUCUACCCAGACUGUGACAGACUCUUCUAACCAGACAGCAAUGCAACCUUCAAAUCAAUCUCAAAAUGUGCAGAGACCUUUACCCAACGUGUUAAUGACUGGACAGGGUGCUGGAACUACCAAAGAGAUGUCUUCGGCUCACCAGCUUCAGCAGAUUGCAGCUAAACAAAAGCGGGACCAGCUGCUGCACAACCAGCAACAGGCUCAACAGGUCCACCAAUCAAAUCAGAUGACCAAUUGGCCACAGUCGAGGUCUUCUCAAAGUCCCUUGGGAGUCCCAUAUAGUAUGGAAAAGCCAACCAGUCCUUCUGUUUACCAACAAGAGUUUAAUAGCCAGAAGCUCAUGAUGCCUAAUAUGAACAAGAAUUUACCUCGUGGUGGAGGCACCUACAUGCAACCCAACCAUGUAAACAUGAUUGGUCAUAAACCUACAAACAAUUUAAACCCCAACCAAGCUGCAGCUCCAAAUGCUAUGCUGGACUAUGGAAACACCCUACCCCUCUCACAUUAUGAGGCGGACUGUGGCCCUGGGGUGGUAGCUCAGAAUCAGAGCAAAAACAUAAUGAUGUCAUACCUUCAGCAAAGGCAGCAGCAGCCACCACAGCAACAGCAGCAGUUGCCGCCCAUGACAGAGGAGCAGAGUCAGAUCUUCAUGAUGAAGCGUAAAGCUGGAAUUCCUUAUAGGCCUUUGGUAUCGCAUGGGCAGGACCAGAAUCCACAGCCCAAUGUUCCAUCUCGGGUUCCUGUGUCUGUGGGAGGACCCGGAGUGGUAUCGCAGCCCCCAACUGUCUCCAUGGCAGGUAAUCACGGUAAUGCAGCGUACCUGAACAGCCAGCAGCAAGCGGUAAUGAAGCAGCAACAACAGCAGCAGCUGCUCCUGGAACAACAGAAACAGAGAGAACAGAAGCAGCUGCUUCUAGAGCAGCAGAAACAGCAAUAUCUCUUGGGGCGACAGCAGCAACAGCAGCAGCUCCUUGCCGAACAGGAGAAGCAGCGGCAUCAGCAGGAGCAACUUCAGCGUCAUCUGACUCGACCGCCGCCGCAGUACCAGGACCAGCCACAGAACGCCUACACACAGCAGGCAGUCGGCCCAUUUCCUGGAUCAUCUUCAGUUAUGAGUGGUGUAAACAACAUGAACCACCCAACUUCUGGAAGUCCGCGCAUGUUUUCCCAGUCGCAGGCAUUGCUUCAGAUGGGAGGAGGGCAUACGUCUGUGCCAACCUUGUCAUCCGUUUCAACUUCUCAGGAACGUGCUGUCUCCCAGUACCCCAACAUGCAGACGGUGCAGCGUGGGGGAAUGUACAGCAUGGGGUCAGGUCUCCCACAGAUGGUUCCAAAUCAUGCAGCACAGGGUAGUAUACCCAAUGGACAGCCUCAGAUACAGAGGCUGCCAAAUCUGAGUCAAGGGAACCCUCUCCCUGCUGGUUAUGGACCAAAUCCCAUGGCAAAUCCUGCCUUGGCAGUGCAGCACAAUAAAGGAGGGCUAAAUCCUGCUCUCGCUAAGGCCCAAAUGACGAGAAUGCCUGCUGCCAUGGCAUCACAAAACCCGGGAUGGCAGCAUCAAGGCAUGCAAAACAUGAACAGUCAGGCCCAAGGAAAUAAUGGCUUGGGCGCAUUCAAUACUGCUAAUGCCAAUUUUCAUCUUCAACAAAACCACCAUAAAAUGUCGAGUCAGCAAUUUGCCCAGGGCAUGCCACAAGUUGGUCUAGGGGCUGGUCGAUCUAUGACUUCACUAAACAGUUCUGUCCCUGGUCAGAUGAUGCCAAAUUUGGCCUCCCAACAAAGGACAAAUCCUGCUAGUCAACAGCCAGCACCUAAUCAGCAGGUCCUACCGGUAAUGAACCAAGCAGUGCCAGACUUGACCGCAUUCAGCCAGAACCCAGGUCCGCAAAUGGCUAACCGAGCAGGUCUUCACUGUAAUCAAAACUACCAGGUGAGGUCAACAAGCCAGGACCUGCCCUUUGUUUAUGGCGGACAGUCUGGUAAUAGCGGGUUGCAGAACUUGUCAGGGGAUGCCGACUUGUUGGACUCCUUACUCAAAAACAGGACUUCGGAAGAGUGGAUGAAUGACUUGGAUGAGCUGUUGGGGAACCAUUGAUAGCUUGUUGUUUCUCUUGUUUUAUUUUAUUUUUAUAAUGGUUUUAUGAAUAUAUAUAUAUAUAUAUAUAUAUAUAUAUAUAUAUAUAUGUGUAAAGUACAAUUGGACCAAAAACCUGUGCCAUUGAGAUACUAUUAUCACUGAGGCCUGAACAUAAUACGGCCUGCUGCUUCUUCCCUAUCCCCUGUGGAUCGCUAAUGCCUGGCGCAUGUUUCGGUCUUUCUGCUCACCACUGCCUGUCUCUGUCAUUGUUGAUGGCGGGGCCCCUUUUCCUAUCUCUACAAAUGCCUUAUUUUUAUUUUUUUAAUAUAUAUAUAUAAGCACUGUUUGGAGCGAUGGGUCCCCCAGAAGCAGAGAACCAAUUAAAAGCUACCAUUCUGAUUUGUCCUACAUUUGUAAGCUGUCAUUUAAGCUGCAUCAUUUGUAUUUACCCCUGGUUGGUGCCAAGUCAACACACCAACCCAUCACUUGUUCUUCUCACCCCACUGUGAAAUCGGCACAACAGCCGUGCAAUCAAUGCGCUCCAGCUGUUGCAGAACCUCAUGGCAGAUGCAGUUGACAAACAGCAGUAUUGCCAAACGUUUUUUCAAUUUGUUUUUGCCAGGUUUUUUUUUUUUCUACGACUUCUACUUUUGUCACAUCUUUGCCAAGAUAAUUACUGGCAAUUGAUCAAGCUGGAGAGAAAUUCCUGACUAGCACCCACCUCCUCUUCUUCUCUUUACAUUUUUUUUUAUAUUAUUACUACCUGUUUAAAACGUGGUGUGUACUUUUUGUUUAGCUACUGCCAGUGUUGGAUGAACAGUCCACUUAUUAUUCUUGUGCCUGACACCAUCACUUUCAUAGAAACCAUGACUAGACCUAGCUUUGUGGCCAUUGCUAUCCUCUUGGUCAGUGGCAGGUAAUGUUUUAUCUCCUUUAUAUUCACUGCUAGGUUGAAUAGACUGUGAUGAAUUUAUCCUAUCACUAUCCAAGUGUAUUCUUUAACAAAUUGGGGUACAUAAGACCCUUUCCUUUUCAUAAACCCUUAAAUCUAGGAUUAUGCUGAGUUGAAGAUACAUAAAAACUAUGCAAAGACUGAAUUUCCCAGUGUCCAGUGUAGAUCAUUGUGAAAUAGCCACAUCUAGUGUAACCUGUUCCACCAGACGUGAUCUGUUUCAUGUUCUUGCACAUUGUGCUGCAUGUGGCGUGAGUGGGACUGUAAUGCAGGUGAUGGCCCGCCACUCUUUAUUAAUUUAAUUGGGAAAUAUAUUUUCUAUUACUGUUUUUAAAGUGCACAGUAGAGAGAAGUAUGAGUAACUGUAUCUGAGAUUUGCUGGGGUUUUCGCACCAUUAAGUCUAGGAGGGGGGCAUCACCCCGAUUGGGUGAGGGGAUUUCGGCCUUCAGUUUGGCACUUUUGUCGCCUUUGACACUAAUCCUUCGUUUCUGGUCAAGGAAAACCCACUUCUUUCACGUCUAACUCGCCACCAGGCUUUAACCUGGCCUAAAAUUAGCAUUUAUAUAUUGUAUUUCUUUUCUUUCCUUGUUUUCUGUUGCACCUUUUACAUUGUGAAACAGCAUUUGAGAAAUGCCUGACGGAAAUGGUGUCUGCAAGUUGUGUCGGUUGUCCCCCCACACCCCACCCACCACAACACAAUGUGCUGAUAGAGAGACAAUACUAGGAAGCAAGUGUAAAAAUGACCUUUAGAUGUAUGCUAGUUUUUUUUUUUUUUUUUCUGUUUUAGAUUUUUAUCUGUUUUGCUUACAUUCCAGCAAGUCCAGGGUUAAUCACCGUUGUGCCUUUACCAGCAACUAUAUCAGUACUUUCGUUGGAAUGUUAGUUGGACUAGGUUUUGUCUCUAUUCUUCAAAAUGCCAUUAUUAUGAAUUUCAAAGUGUUAACAUUGUCCAAUGGACUUGUGAUGUAUGUGGUUCCUUCUCACUGUGUAUACACUGUCCUUUCUAACCAGAAGAGUAAAGGCAAAAUAACUGGUCUUAAGCUCUCAACACAAUAAAGGGGUUUUCAUUAUCCGUACUCAAAAGUACACAAAAUAGUAUCCACCGUCAUAGUAUCCUAGUUUUAAAGUAUCAAAGAUCAUUUACACACUGAGAGGAGCUAAAUAUAUUGUAAAAUGCAGCCAAUGAAUGGAACGGACGCCACUGAGGUAUGAUCUUAUGCCCCAGUAACCUUGUUAGGUGUUUGGUCAUGAAUGCUUGUCCGGUCGCAGAAUGUUCCGCCUCAGUUGUGUGUAAGCAACGAGUAUACUUUCCGCAGGCAUUGAGUGUGAAGCUGGCUACACACACUCGGGUCUGGUCAGCUAAUGUUUGGCCCAUAUUGGACCGAUAUUGUAAAAUUUGGGGGCCCCCAAAAUUGUAGUACUGUAUGAUUAUGACCCAAGUAUAUUCCUUUUGAAUGGGAUUUGAUCUGGCGGACAGAACAUUGAAUUGGGAGAUGACCCACGCUGAUAUAUUGAGUUGAUCGGCAUUCGGCCUGACCAGGUGUGGAUGGGCAAUAUUCAUGUUGCAGCUGCCUAGUGUGAAUUGUUGGACUGUUUUAUAGCGACUGAACAGGUGCCACAAAGUCUCCCGAUUUGUCAUUGCAACGUCAUGUAAUCUGGGAAAUCCCACUGCAUACUGAGUGGAGGUGUAAUGCGAAGGGCCACUUCUGUAUAUAUUGUGGUCCUGCAGCUGAUUUCUUGAUGGACUAAAAAAAUAGUUUUACCUAACAGAAGGUAGUAUUCUAUAUAACACAAGCUUAGCUAAGUAGCAUAAGCUGUUUCUAAAGACUUUUUGCACUCCCCACUAGCUCCUGGCGGGACUUUGCCGCUUUGAUAUACUUGGGAGGACAGCUUCAUCCCAGCUUCCACACUCUGCUUUAUUUCUUUACGUACCUUUUAAGGUUUCAAUUACCUUUUUCAGAAAUCCAUACAAAAUAUUUGUAUUAGUGUUUGUUAUUAUCCCCUAAGGUGGGCAUAGCUGGCCCUUUGGCAAGUUUUCAUCCCCCCCCUCCAAAUAAACUACACAAACUGGUGCAGGAUGCGUAAACUGGGCGUUCACGUUCAUAGAGACUUGGUCCAUCCAUAAGCCAGAUAGCACAUUUGUAAAAAGUAAAAAAAAAAAAAAAAAAAAAAAAGAUGGCUCAAGGUGCAUAUGGUGUUUCAUGCUGGGGGUUUUUGUUUAUGGUUUUUGUUUUUACACCUUUUUAGUUUUUUUCUCCAUCAGUAGGGUUUUGUGCUGAACAAUAUGACUUGUGAUAGUCAAAUCUGGAGGCAGCUAAUUUGUUGGCUGAACCAUCAUUCAUGCAAAUGCCGCCUAUCCAUUGGCUAUAAACUGUUCCAAUUAAAUCUAUUGUCUGUGGUCCAGGCCAUUCCAGAUCAGACUAUCUCUGUGCAUAACAGGUACACUUUUAAAGGAAAAGAUCGGACUUAAAAUGAACUAUAUUGCCAUGAAGUAGUUUGACUGCGAUGGUCUUGUGGUGUUAGGUCUCCAAAAUACGGAGUCCUGAAAAGUAAUCACCUAUUUUAUACUUCUCUCUGGGUUUUUUUUUUUUGUUUUUGCUUUUUUACAUUUUGUGGCAAUCCAUUUUUUUUUUUGUGCAGUUUUUAUUUGGUCGGAGUAUCCCUACUUUUAAACCAGCCUUGGUUAGGAGAAGCAGUUUUAGGAUAGAUGUCCAAGAAUACGGUUUAGUUUAUUGUAUUGUGGUUAAAUGCACAUGUGAGAUUAGGUGGAACGUACGACUCAGUAUCACAGUUGCUAGCAUUCAUUGUUUCAUUAACCAUUCAUUUAGCCUAUACUCCUAUGAGAAUAUCAUGAAAUCCUGCACUGUAGUGGGCUACUAAGGAAGGGUGCGAGUAACCCUGCCAUGUGACCAGAACACACAUGUAAUGCUGCCGCUGUGACAAUGAUUUCUUACAGCCAUUAUCAUGCACUGAGUGGUCUGGGUCAUGCAGAGAUAAGUGGCACCUUUUUAAGGUACUACAAGUCAGUGGCUGGGUCAUGCGGUGAUAAGUGGCACCUGUAAGGUACUGCCAGUCAGUGGCUAUAAGAUUCAGGCUCAAGUUUUCAUACAAAAUGCAGAAGUAUUUUCUUGAAAAUAAGCAUAGAAUUUUUCUCGUUGUGUGUCCAACUCUGUUCUUUCUGUACGUUUUGUUGCCAGUAGUUCCAUUCAUUUCAGUACUUUUUUAUUUUUUAUUAUUCCUCAUUUAGUACAUUAAUGCAUUUAGCAAUAAAACAUUGUUCUAGAGAGGAUUAGUGGUAAAGCAGGCCAGGGGUAGGGAAUAGUUAUCACUGAGGAGCAUUAAAACUGUACCAGUGUUGGCAGGGUCUGUCGAUAUUAGCUGAUUCUGAUAUUAAAUGCCCACCCAUUGGUAAGCAAGUAUUAACUGCCCCCUAGUGGCUGACUAGAUGCGCAUACUUUGUUUAUUCUCUGAAUACACUUCCUCUGUAAAUAAAUGUUUACAGUUUUAUAUAAAGAUAUAAAAUUUUAGAUCCUGUCUGUAUAUUUUUUACUUUAAUAGAUUUUAAAAAUAAACUGUAAUUCUUUAUAAAUAUUUUUCUGUGUGUGUAGUGAGGGGGGGAUGUAUGUAACUUUUUUUUUUUUUUUUUUUUUAUGUCUCUCCCCUCGCUUGUAAAUGGAGAUGAUUUUCUGAACAUUGGCCUAUUUUUUUUCUUUUCUUUUUUUUUUUUAAAAGUCUUUUGAAAUGUGUUAAAACAAUAGUUUAUUCUUGUACCACAGAUAUGGCUUACUGAAGAGAGAGAAUCCACUUAUGUUCUGCCAUUAAAAAAAGAAUAAAAAAAAUAAAGUAUUUUGCUAGAGUA